GCGUCCCCCCCCCCCGCGCGCCUCGGGCCCUGUCACGUGAGGUGCCCAAGAUGGCGGCGCUGAGGGCGGUCCUGGGGUGCCGGGGGGCCCCCGCCCUGCGCCCCCCACCCGGGCAGAGCCGGGGGGCAGCAGGGGGGCUGCUGCAGCGUUUGGGCCAGUGGUUCUACGAGGUGGAGGUGGUGAUGGCGUGGGGAGAGCGGCUGCGGCAGCACCGGCUGCGGAGCAGGAACGCGUACCGCAGCUUCCUCAGGGACACCUACGGGGAAAACGUGGCGGCCGCCGUCUUCACCCUGUCCUGCGGCGGGGGGGUCAGAUUUGAGGGGCAGGACUCCUGGAUCCGGCCGGAGAGCCACUGGCGCCCCGAGGUGCUGCGCCUCCGUGACGUCCCCGUGGUGGCCCUGGACCUCAGCGGCUCCCCCCUCAACUACAACGGCUUGGACAACCUGGUGCCGCUCACCCGGCUGCGACACCUCGACCUGAGCGGGUGCCCCCACCUCGACGACUGGGCGCUGGGGCGACUGCACGUUUUCGGGGACACCCUGCAGGAGCUGUCGGUGGCCCGGUGUCCCCGCGUCACCGAGAGGGGCCUGGCCACCCUCCACCACCUCCGGGAGCUUCGGCGCCUGGAUGUGGAAGGGGUGCGGGUGCCCAGCCCGGGGCUGGUCCGUAUUCUGCUGGAGGAGAUGCUGCCGGACUGCCAGGUCCUGGGCAUGGACCUUGGGGACGGCACGGGGACACCGACGGGGGGGGAAAAGCCCCCCGCCUGAGACCGAUGGGGUCUUGGGGGGGGGGCGCGGACGGGAGCCAAGUUCAAUGCCUGGGGUUAAACGAGCAUUAAAUGGCUGGCGGCCGCACGCUGCCUCCCCUCCUCCCGUGGAUUUGGGGUUUCUUGGCGGAGAGCGAUGGGUUUCGCCGCUUUUUGUCCCAUUUGGAGCAGUGCCGGACACCCCCCCGCCCCCCCAACCCCCUGGCCGGGGUUCCCAGUUUGAAACCGGCCGUUCCAGCGAGCGUUUUGGGAUGACACCCCGUAAAGGCCCCGUGGGAACCAGGGAAGCGCUGGCUAAUUCCCCCCCCCCCCGGGGGCUUUAGUACCCCCCCCCCCAGCAGACUAAUCCCCUCUCCAGGGGGUAAAUUCCCCCCUCGAGGGGUUUAAUCCCCCCCACAAGGGGGGUAAUUCCCCCUCCAAGGGGCCUUUUUCCCCCUUCCAAGGGUGUUUAUGCACCCCAAGGGGCUUAAUUCCCCCCCCCAAGGGAUUUAAUCCCUGUGCAAGGGGUUUAAUCCCUCCUCGAGGGGCUUAAUCCCCCCCCAGAGGGAGUUCAUUCCCCCUCCAAGGGGGCUAAUCCUCAUGGUGGGCUUAAUUCCUCUCCCAGGAGGGUUAAAUCCCCCCCUCCAAGGAGAUUAAUUACUCCCCCAGGGAGUUUAACCCCCCCAAAGGGGAUUAAUAUCCCCUCGAGGAGUUUAAUCCCCCCCCAACAGGGUUUAUUUCCCCCUUCCAAUGGGGCUAAUCCCCCCCCAAGGGGUUAAUUCCCCCCCCAAGGGGCUAAUCCCCCCCAAAGGGGGUUUAUUUCCCCCUUCCAGAGGGAUUCAUUCCCCCCCAGAAGGGGCUAAUCCCCCCCAAAGGGGGUUAAUCUCCCUCUCCAAGGGUGCCGUUCCACCCCGGGACGGGUGCACACCCGGGUUUUAUUGGGGUUUUUUGGGGGGGGCUGUCACUUUUCGAAGUGUUCGAGGGGGUAGUGCUCCCCGUAGUGCUGCAGGUGCCGUUCCAGAGCCGCCCGUUGCCGUCGCAGGUGAGGCGGCAUCUCCCGGUAAACGUCGGAGAAAAGGAGCUGCGGAUUCGGUUUCGGUUUCCUCUCAGCUUCUUCGAACGCCUCCAUCACCUGCGGGGCAACGUCGGCUCCUUUUUUUUUUUGUUUUCUCUCCCAAAAUCCCAGGAGAUUUCCCUCCCCUUGCCCAAAAUCCCGGGAAAUCGCCCCGUUACCAUUUUACGGGAGCUCUUGCGCCAGCCUUUCUCCUGCUCCUCGUCCCACCAGCCACGGUUCAGCAUAUAAUGCCGCAGGCGGGAGAUGGGAUGAUCCUGUUUGUCCCAAUAAUUCACCUCGUCCACCGACCGGUACGCUGAGCUGUCGUCGCUGGUGCUGUGGUGGCCGAUUCUGCCGGGGGAGGAGAGGAGAUUUAAAAAAAAACAAAACAAAAAGCCUUAAAAA